ACUUUUGCAACUAUAAAAAACUAAAAAAUGUGAUGUAUGCCAAAGUUCAUUGUCAAGCAACAUAGUGUUAAGUUCAUAAUGUAAUAGUGACUCGUCAGUUUAUUAUUAUCAUUGUACAUUUGACUCUGUUAUCGUAACAACGUGUAAUAUGUUAAGAAAUCCGAAAUAUGUUUACGGUCCGAAUGAAAAUUAUAUUCCUGCGAAAUUAAAUCUAGGAGAUUUCCUUGUGAAGAGAUUUAAAGAACAUGGUGACAAGGUAGCAUUGAUAAAUGCAGUAAACGAGAAACGAAUCACAUACAAUGAGAUGGUCCAAGCAGCUGUUAAUCUCGCGGUCUCUCUAGUCCGUCUCGGCGUGAAGAAGGGAGACAUUGUGGGUGUGUGCGCGGAGAAUCGACUGGAGAACUGGUCCAUUGUUAUAGGAGUAGCCAGCACCGGUGCUAUUGUAACGCCUAUUAGUGUAGGAUAUGUUAAAGAUGAACUUAAGCAUAUAUUAAAUAUAUCGAAGCCAAAAUAUCUAUUCUGUUCAAAACAAGCUUACCAAAUACACGAAGGCGUCAUCAAUUCUCUGAGCUUUAUAAAGAAGAUAAUAUUCAUUGAUGACGAUAGACCAAAAGGUGAACUAUGUUAUAAAGACUUGACGAUAGCAUCAACUGGUUCGUUAAUCGAAAAGAAUGUGAAUGUAGAGGAGUUUCUUGCUGUAGACGUGGAUGGACGGACAGACACCGCUUUUAUAAUGUACUCGUCAGGCACGACUGGAUUGCCAAAAGGUGUGAUGAUAAGUCAUCUAAAUGUAAUCGCUACUUGUACAGUACCAGAUGUAUGCGAUCCGACGUUAAUUGUUUUGAACAUAACUCCAUGGUACCACGCUAUGGGUUUGAUGAUGAUGCUCGUGUACAUGGGACAUGGAACUAAGACAGUUUUUCUACCGAAAUUCGAAAUUGAUAUUUAUUUGCAAACAAUAGAAAAAUACAAGGCCAAUCAGUUAACAUUGGUACCACCUGUGAUACUGGCAUUGACUAAAACAGAUAUCAAAUACGACGUGAGCUCAGUACAAGUGAUCCUCAGUGGUGCUGCUGUCUUACAAAAGGAUACCAUCGAUGCUGUUAAAAAAAAAUUUCCAAAUUUAAAAGACGUAUAUCAAGGCUACGGAAUGACAGAGGCGACGGUGAUGAUAACAAUUAACUCGCACGUAAAUGGAAAACAAUGUAAAACAGGGAGCGUUGGAAAAGUUGUUAAUAAUACUGUAGUUAAGAUAGUUGAUAUAGAAACGCGUGAACCUUUAGGACCAUACGAGAAAGGAGAACUAUGUUUCAAAAGUCCUAUGGUCAUGAAAGGGUAUAUAGGAAGAGACAGAAGUGCAGAUUUUGAUGACGAAGGCUUCUAUAAGACUGGUGAUAUCGCGUAUUACGAUGAUGAGAAAUUUAUGUAUAUUGUAGAUCGACUUAAAGAAUUAGUAAAAUACAAAGGUUUUCAGGUUCCCCCAGCAGAAAUAGAAACGGUAUUAAUGCAACACUCGGGUGUACGUGACGUAGGCGUGGUGGGAUUACCGGACGAAGACGCGGGGGAAUUGCCUCUCGCUUUCGUAGUACCUCAAGCUGGUGCUAACAUUACGGAGAAAGAGCUUCAAGAUUUCGUCGCUGAAAGGUUAUCAAACCCGAAACAUCUACGUGGAGGUGUACGUUUUGUUAAGGAAAUACCUAAAAACCUAAGCGGAAAAAUUCUAAGGAAGGUUCUACGCCAGAUGUUAAAAGAAUAAAAAGUAUUAUAAAAAAAUAUAAGAUAAAAACCUCA